AUGAGUAUCUUCUCUAAGCUAUUCAGAUCCUGUAUCCAGGGUCGACGGAGACAGAGACAGAAACAGAAACAUGAGCGGGAUACACCGCCGGCUGUGCCGCCUAAGGAUCCUGUGCCUUACUCCUGUCCGCCGGGGGUGAACCCGGAUUUGGUGAAGAAGCCUUCUAUUCGGAUUGUGGCGAAGGAUGAGGAUGAUGAGGGGAGACCACGGUCUGGCUGUGGGGGAGGCAGUCAUUGGGGGAAGGCAGUUGAGGCGCCGGUGAAGGUGUCUGAGGAGACGUUUGUGGCUGUCGAGGGGGAUACUGGGUUUGAAGGUGUGGAGAAAGAUGUUAAAGAUGAGGAGGAGGGCGACCAGGAUGAAGAGAAAGGCGAUGCUCAGGUCAAGCAAGACAACGAGCAAUUGCACUGCAUUCCCGAGAGGCCGCAAAGAAAAAACACCGUUAAAGGACCCGAAGUGAGGAGCCGGAUGAUCGAAGACAUCCCCGAAGAAGCGGACAAAGAAGCUGAAUCAAAGGCAAACGAGCACGACGACACAACAAUCCCAGCCAAGGAUGAACAAGGCAUGCCAGCCUGGCGGGUUAGUCGUCGUAAAUCUCUCAUCGAAAUCAUCAACCUCCUGCAAGCUACUGCGGCGGCGGCGCCAAAACUAUCCAGUAUCCGACUCCCCAGCAUCCCGCCUAAGUCGCCGCUUCGCACGCGCGGGUCGGCAGCAUCGCUUUCUUCUUCUGUGUCCUCGGUCACAAUGACGGAAGAUGAGCCAACUAAUCUGAAGAAGGAACGAAGGAUGGCCGCGGUGAUGUUUCGCAGUGGUCGGCUUGGGAACCGCAAGUCGGCGGAUGAAACGAUGAUAGCAGCAGCUACGGCUGCGGGUAAGGAGAAGCCUCUUUUUUGCUAA